AGUUUAAGUUCUCUGUCAAAAGUGUAGUCAAAAUGGAAGCAGCUGAUCAAUAGACGAUUUCUGGUUGAUAGGAAGACGUAAAUUUUACAAUGUUACCCCUAACUGGUGCCGCUGGGGGCGUGUGCAUUUGUAUAUUAGUCAUAACCUGCUUUGCUGGGAAAAGUGCAUCGGAAGAAAUACAUUAUGAAGAGUUGUCAAAGAAACCGUGCCCAUAUUUCUAUGAUAAGCGGUUUGCAGCCCCAUCUCCAGGUCUCAUCAACUGUUCCUGGUACUCAAACCAGGCUUGCUGCAAGCGCACAGAGGUGACAUCAGUGUUCUCCAGCAUGUAUCCCCUUCAUCAGGCCCCCAAGAUAUGCCGCUUCCAGAUGAACUAUCUAAUGUGCUACUUCUGUAGCCCAGACCAGUACCUCUUUUACAGGGACAAGUUGAUGGUGUGUUCUGAGUACUGUGAUUCACUGUAUGAAGACUGCAAGACAGCCUCCUUUGAAGGGGACACUAUCGGCUACAAGUAUCAAAAUGGAACAGCUUUCUGUGAAGCCCAAAACUUCCAAGUGGUUGAAGGCACCAACUGCUUCGAGUAUGACCCCACUGUGUUUGACAUCGCGACAAGGAUGUCACAGUCGUCUAUUGUUACAGUCUCUCUCGUCUUCAUCGUUCACUUCCUCUUCCACAGUUUCAAGAGACUGCUAUGAAGUGCGUAGGAGUAGAGACACUGAACUAUCAGCAGAAGAGUGUUGCAAGCAAUAGAACAAACCAAGCUGUUCAAUCAUGUUUCUUCAUUCA